UUUUAUUUUGCUUGGUCCCCUGAGCUCUUGAGCGGCGUCAACGUGACUCGUGUCAAGGCACAAUGGUCAGGAGGGGUUUCGAUGUACACGGGCAUUGCAUGCCAACAACGAGCUACACGUGUUCGGUUCCCAACCAGAAACGCAGGCACGCGGGAGAAGCGGUCUUCCUCACGAUUGCGGCGCUAUAAAUCGCAGCUAAGCUGUCCUUGCCCGCCCAAUACUUUUAAACCGCUCAUCGAUCGUCUUUUAAAUUUAGCUUCUUGUUUCUCUUUUCUUGAUUUGGAGUUAAUUCUUCUCGUCUCGGGCGAAUUGGAGAAGGGGGCAUUUUGUGUUGUUGUGGAACGCAUAGAGCAGUCGGCGACAUAAAUGACAAUAGGUUUACAGGAGUUCUUCAAAUUGCAAGGGACUUUGGAUCUCGUUCUAGAUUCUGGGACUGAUUUCAUAUCCUUCAUCACUUCGCUUUCUUCACCUUCACCGGAAUCCGUCGGCAACGUACUACUUAAGAGGUAAUGGAAGCUCUAGAAAUCAAUGGCGUUCCUCUAAAGAAGAAGGAAGAUGUGGUUGAAAACACGGCUGGUGUGGAUGAAAGGGAAAUCUCUCCCAUCACUGAGGAUGGCACGUUGGACAGGAUGGGGAAACCUGCACUCAAAUCAAAAACUGGAAGAUGGAAAUCUGCAAUUCUUUUGCUAGUGAACUAUGGUCUUGUCACAUUUGCAUUUUUUGGACUUGGGGUUAAUCUGGUUCUCUUCCUAACAAGAGUCAUGCAACAAGAGAAUGCAGACGCAGCAAAUAAUGUCAGCAAAUGGACUGGCACAGUGUACAUAUUUUCACUCGUCGGAGCAUUCUUGAGUGAUUCCUACUGGGGCCGUUACUUAACCUGCGCUAUAUUUCAGUUAAUCUUCAUCAUGGGACUAGCCCUUUUAUCUUUGUCGUCUUGGAUUUUAUUGGUGAAUCCUUCUGGAUGUGGUGAUGGGAAACUGGAAUGCGAACCAGUUUCAGCUCUUGGUACUGCUAUCUUUUAUAUAUCAAUAUAUCUAAUUGCAUUUGGCAAUGGGGGAUAUCAGCCCACAAUAGCUACAUUUGGAUCAGACCAGUUUGAUGAGAUGAACCCUUCAGAAAGUGAUUCAAAGGCAGCCUUUUUCAGUUACUUUUAUGUUGCUCUUAAUGCAGGUUCUCUCUUCUCCAACACAAUCUUAGUGUACUAUGAGGACUCUGGACAGUGGGUUAUUGGAUUUUGGACAUCAACUGGUGCCGCUGUUAUUGCUUUUCUUCUUUUCUUACUUGGAACUCCAAGAUACAGGCAUUUCAAGGCAUCAGGCAACCCCUUGACUCGCAUUGCACAAGUCUUUGUUGCUGCGGCUAGAAAGUGGAAUGUUAGUGUUCCUGAGAAUGACGCCUUGCUUUAUGAAGUGGAAGGAAAGGAAUCUGCCAUUGCAGGGAGUAGAAAGAUCUCCCACAGCAAUGGGUUUCGGUUCUUGGACAAAGCUGCAACAAUGACAACUGAUGUACACUCUGUGCGGCCUGAGGCCAAGAGUCCAUGGAAGCUGUGCAGCGUGACUCAGGUUGAGGAGGUUAAAUGUGUGCUAAAGAUGCUUCCCAUCUGGCUGUGCACCAUAAUUUACUCAGUUGUCUUCACCCAGAUGGCCUCCCUCUUUGUCGAGCAAGGCGCCAUGAUGAGUACACAGUUUGGUUCCUUCACCAUCCCUCCUGCCAGCAUGUCGGUCUUUGACAUUAUUAGUGUUAUAUUUUUCAUCUUUAUCUAUCGUCGGAUUCUUAUGCCAGUGCUAGCGAAGUUUACGAAGAAUCCUGAUGGGUUAUCCGAACUCCAGCGGAUGGGUGUUGGCCUUUUGAUCGCUAUGCUGGCAAUGAUUGCUGCUGGUGUUGUUGAACUAGCUAGGCUAAAGAAAGUUGCUUCUCCAGAUAAGGAGAGCUCACUCCCAAUCACUUGGCAAAUUCCACAGUAUGCCCUCAUUGGAGCUUCAGAGGUGUUUAUGUAUGUUGGGCAGCUAAAUUUUUUCAAUGGGCAAGCACCUGAUGGCAUCAAGAGCUUUGGGAGCUCCCUCAACAUGGCUUCCAUCUCACUCGGCAACUACGUGAGCAUCAUGCUUGUUAGUGUUGUAAUGGCUGCGACCGCAAGCGGAGAGAGACCUGGAUGGAUUCCGAGUAACCUCAAUUCCGGUCGCCUAGACCGGUUCUUCUUCCUCCUUGCAGCUUUGACCGCUGUGGAUUUAGUGCUUUACAUACUAUGCGCCAUGUGGUAUAAGUGCAUUCAGUUUGAGAACAACAAUGAUGAGGGAGGGAUCGUGAUAGUGACCGAGAUUUAAAUGAGAAGAUUGAAGGUUAUGAUAGUGUAUAUUUUGUUUGGUUUCUCCUUUAAACGUCUUUAUUGGUUGUUUGUUGCUAGAUAAGGAGUUGCAGCGUUUUAUAAAUUAUUUUCAGAUGUCUUUGUUCUAAAUUUUAUAAUGUAAUUUCAUUUGUAUAUAGUCUUUUUUAUAAAAUCGUACAUUGACAUAAUUUUUUAAUUAGUAUCAAUGGAUGGGUCAGGUAACCAAGUUAUAUUUUGA